AUGUCAAACGUAUAUGAUCAAUACUCUACGUCGACUUCUUCGCGAACAAAUUCUAUUAAUCGACCUUCGAUUGUUCCCAUAUCAGCUUUAUUAAAUCCUGAACCUGAUAAUGCAUCAACGACAUCAUUAACUUCAUCAACGAAUGCUGAUAACUAUGAGAAUUUAGAUGAUGAAUGUUCAACAUUCUCAACAUUCUCAACAUUAUCUACUUCUACUUCUUUACCUUCAACUCGUAGAUCUUCAAUGAAUAGAUCUUCUGAUCAUAAUUCUAUUAAUAAUAUGAUUACUCCUCCUCAAACUCCUGGUGUAAAAUCUCCUACAAAACCUAAUUUUCAAUUUCCUCCAAAUGCUUCUGAUCAAAAUUCUCAAUCAAUGCCUCCUAAAGUUAAACGUAAAAGAAUUACUCAAGAACAAUUGGCUGAUUUAGUUGCAAUGUUUGAACAAACUGAUACUCCAAGUUAUGAUGUUCGUGAAAAAUUAGCUAAAAAAUUAAAUAUGACUAAUCGUGAAGUUUGGUUUCAGAAUCGUCGUGCAAAAGCUAAUCGUGCUAAAGCAAAUGAACAUAAUGCUUCUCAUCAGCAUCAUCGAUUUUUACAUCAUCAUUCCGUUUCAACCGCUCAAGCUGCUAGUGGUCAUGCUUCUUCUAUUGGAAUGAUUAGUCCUGGAAAUUUCACUUUUGUUCCAAUGUUUACAAAUGGUGGUCCUUCAGCUGGUUGUCCGGCAAAGGGUCGAAAUAAUCGAAGACAUUCUUGUGUUACUUCGACUAUUAAUUCUCAAAAAAAGGCUUCUCAAAAUUCUCCAUUUACCAGGCAAAGAGCUGCUACUGUUACUGGUGCUCCUAUGACUUCUCAUAAUUCCUCUCAAAAAAUGGUGAUGCCUCCUUCAAUAAAAAUCAUGCCUUCUUACGGUCAAGAUCAUCAACUUCAUCCUACACAUCAUGUUUAUGGUGGUCAUAGUCAUGGUCAUAAUGUUCCGCAUUCACCUGUAUCACCUAUCUCUCCAACUAAUUCUGCUCCAAUAUUACCUCCUCCUAUUCCAUCUUCUCAUUAUAUGUUACCGGGUCUUAAUCCUUGUACUCUUCCACCACCAAUUCCUCCAAUUAAAGAUCUUCUUCCUCCUUCUUCUGAUCUAUAUCAAUCUACCCAACAUUCUUUGUCCUCUAUUCAUCAUCACCAAUCUUAUAAUACUCAACAACCUCAUCAUUCUUAUUCUUCAAAUGUUGAAAAUCAAUCAACUCUUUCACCUGUUGUGCCAAAAACUUCACCAAUUGACAUUCUUGCUACGGCUGCUGAAUUUGUUCAAAGUGAAGAAAAAGAAAAAGAGCGUCUUAGAGCUCUUGAAGCUAUGAAAAAAGAUGAUGAGAAUGAUGAUUCUCAGAAAUCAAGCGUCUGGAGACCUUGGUUAGUGUGA